GUUCGGGUCUUGCGGUCGCGGGCUUACGCCGAGUGCGCCCAGCCCGCCCUGUCCGCGGCGCCUCGGCCCCGGUGCGCCGCCGCGGCCCAUGGGGAGAGUCGGCCGGGCGGGCCGGCGUUAAACUGGGAAGAUGUCCCUGUACGAUGACCUAGGAGUGGAGACCAGUGAUUCAAAAACGGAGGGCUGGUCCAAAAACUUCAAACUUCUGCAGUCUCAGCUUCAGGUCAAGAAGGCAGCCCUGACGCAGGCCAAGAGCCAGAGAACGAAACAGAGUACAGUACUUGCCCCAGUAAUUGACCUAAAGCGAGGCGGCUCUUCAGACGACCGGCAGAUCGUGGACACCCCGCCGCACGUCGCAGCUGGCCUGAAGGAUCCUGUUCCCAGUGGAUUUUCUGCAGGAGAAGUGCUGAUUCCUUUAGCUGAUGAAUAUGAUCCCAUGUUUCCUAAUGAUUAUGAGAAAGUAGUGAAACGCCAAAGAGAGGAACGGCAGAGACAGCGGGAGCUGGAAAGACAGAAAGAAAUAGAAGAGAGAGAAAAGAGGCGUAAGGACAGACAUGAAGCUAGUGGGUUUUCGAGGCGACCAGAUCCAGAUUCUGAUGAAGAUGAAGAUUAUGAGCGAGAGAGGCGGAAAAGAAGUAUGGGCGGAGCUGCCAUUGCGCCACCCACUUCUCUGGUCGAGAAGGACAAAGAGUUACCCCGAGAUUUCCCUUACGAAGAGGAUUCAAGACCUCGCUCCCAGUCUUCCAAAGCGGCUAUCCCUCCUCCCGUAUAUGAGGAACAAGACAGACCUAGAUCUCCGACCGGACCUGGCAACUCCUUCCUUGCCAACAUGGGUGGCACAGUAGCACAUAAAAUCAUGCAGAAGUAUGGCUUCCGGGAAGGCCAGGGUCUUGGGAAGCACGAGCAGGGACUGAGCACGGCACUGUCAGUGGAGAAGACAAGCAAGCGAGGAGGCAAGAUCAUUGUGGGUGACGCCACAGAGAAAGAUGCAUCCAAGAAGUCAGAUUCAAAUCCAUUGACUGAAAUACUUAAGUGUCCUACCAAAGUGGUCCUCCUAAGGAACAUGGUUGGUGCAGGAGAGGUAGAUGAAGACUUGGAAGCGGAAACCAAGGAAGAGUGUGAAAAAUAUGGCAAAGUUGGAAAAUGUGUGAUAUUUGAAAUUCCUGGUGCCCCUGAUGAUGAAGCAGUACGAAUAUUUUUAGAAUUUGAGAGGGUUGAAUCAGCAAUUAAAGCUGUUGUUGAUCUGAAUGGGAGGUAUUUUGGUGGACGGGUGGUAAAAGCAUGUUUCUACAAUUUGGAUAAGUUCAGGGUCUUGGAUUUGGCGGAGCAAGUCUGAUUUUAAGAACUAGAGCACGAGUCAUCUCCAAUGAUCCUUAAAUGAGCUGCAGGCUGAGCAGAGAAAGAAAAGGCGUCGGCCGGCCUGGGUGGCUGCUGCAUACAGAGACUCUGGAAGGACUUAUAAGAUACAUGUUGAUUGAACCC